AUGGCUAAAGGAGGCAAGCUCACGAAACUCAAGUCAGUUCUCAAAAAGAUGCAAUCUUUCAAGCUCGGCCGCCUCAACGGCACCUCUGUGGUCGCCAAUAACUCAUCAGAUGAUGGCUCAUUUGACAACAACAGCGCAGCCAAGGACCUGCACCCCAUCUAUGUCGGCAAGUCACGACGGCUCUACUUUAUCACUGCCGAUGUGAUGGACAAUCCACUUUUUCGAGAGCUCGUGGAGCGGUCUGGCGAUGGCGAAGAGUCGACCACUAUUGGCUGCGAGGUGGUGCUUUUCGAGCACCUCCUUUGGAUGCUGGAAAAUGCUGAUCCUCAGCCCGAGUCCUUGGAUGAGCUGGUGGAGUUUUAUGCAUGCUGA